CUAAAACUAUUCAAAUGUUAGGCGCGUGACGUUCACCUGUGAAUCAGCUGAUAGAAAUCAUUAUCCAAUAUCCAGUUAUGAGUGGGUGACUCCAAAUAGAUCCAACUGGCAACGCAUUAUUGACACGUGUCUUUUCAUUUCUCUUCUUCCGGCGUUUUCUCUCCGCCGUUUCGCCACCGUACGUGACAAUGUCUGUUUCUCUCUCCGCCGCCUCUCACUUACUCUGUUCCUCCACCAGAGUCUCUCUUUCCCCCGCCGUCACCUCUUCGUCCUCGUCCCCUGUCGUUGCUCUUUCUUCCUCUACAUCGCCACAUUCUCUUGGAAGCGUCGCAUCUUCUUCUCUGUUUCCUCACUCCUCCUUCGUGCUUCAGAAAAAACAUCCGAUCAAUGGGACGAGCACGAGGAUGAUUUCACCAAAAUGUGCCGCUUCUGAUGCAGCUCAAUUGAUAAGCGCUAAAGAAGAUAUCAAAGUUCUUCUCCGGACUAAGUUUUGCCAUCCCAUCUUGGUUAGAUUGGGGUGGCACGAUGCUGGUACUUAUAACAAGAAUAUUGAGGAGUGGCCACUGAGAGGUGGAGCUAAUGGAAGUCUUAGGUUUGAGGCUGAGCUUAAGCAUGCUGCAAAUGCUGGUCUGCUUAAUGCUUUAAAGCUCAUUCAGCCUCUCAAAGACAAGUAUCCUAACAUCUCUUAUGCGGACUUAUUCCAGUUAGCUAGUGCCACAGCAAUAGAGGAGGCUGGUGGUCCUGAUAUCCCGAUGAAAUAUGGGAGAGUUGAUGUUGUAGCACCUGAACAGUGUCCAGAAGAAGGAAGACUCCCUGAUGCUGGACCUCCUUCACCAGCUGAUCAUUUGAGAGAUGUUUUCUACAGAAUGGGACUUGAUGACAAGGAAAUAGUUGCCUUGUCUGGUGCACAUACCUUAGGGAGAGCCAGACCAGACCGUAGUGGUUGGGGAAAACCUGAGACAAAGUACACGAAAACUGGACCUGGAGAAGCAGGAGGACAGUCAUGGACAGUGAAAUGGCUCAAGUUCGACAACUCUUAUUUCAAGGAUAUCAAAGAAAAGAGGGACGACGAUCUUCUGGUGUUACCCACUGAUGCGGCGCUAUUUGAAGAUCCUUCAUUCAAGAACUAUGCAGAGAAGUAUGCUGAAGAUGUGGCUGCAUUUUUCAAGGACUACGCUGAAGCCCAUGCCAAGCUUAGCAAUCUCGGUGCAAAAUUUGAUCCUCCCGAGGGCAUAGUCAUUGAAAACGUUCCAGAGAAGUUCGUAGCUGCAAAGUAUUCUACGGGAAAGAAGGAGCUUUCGGAUUCGAUGAAAAAGAAGAUAAGAGCAGAGUAUGAAGCAAUUGGAGGAAGCCCAGAUAAGCCAUUACCCACAAAUUACUUCCUCAACAUCAUAAUUGCCAUUGGCGUUUUGGUCCUCUUGUCCACUCUCUUUGGUGGUAAUAACAACUCCGAUUUCUCUGGUUUCUAAUUGACAAAUUAUAUAUUUUGAUUUCUCUUACCUACAUACAUAAUUACGUGGUGAUCAUAUAUUCCUUGCAAACAAAAACAUCAUUGUUAAAGUUUGCUUGAAUAAAAUCACCUUAUAAAUAACAUUGUUUAUUUGGUUUUUAGAAUUUUGAGAUUAGUGUGAGUUUCUUAAGUAUAGGAUACUAAAAUAAUGUGUGUGAAUCACUGCUACGCCUUUGCACGAAUAGAUUCAAAAAUUAAAAUAAGUUUUUUUGAGAUUCAUUAAAGAUUCUUCUCUUUUUGUAAAGAAAGAAAAGUCUUGUCGCUUGGAUUAGGUUAACCAUCGACCAUCGUACUUGUUUCCAAAUCUAUACAAACAAAGGUGAUUAUUUUUUUCAUGAACAGGUUUAGAGAACUUUUACAACACCACGUGUGACAUAAUAAACGUGCAUAGUUAUGCUUGAUCGGUCCUUCUCUUCUCAAUUUUUUUAAUACCCAGGAAGACUAUUGGCUAACUAAUAUUUAGUUUGUUGGGAUAAUCAAUGUGUACUUAACAACAACCAACUUUAAAUAUUAAAUUCUGAAUCUAGAAAGAUGUAUGAAUUUAGGUUGGUAUGGAAAAUGAUGUUCCUUCUUCUAGUGACGCAAGAAUGCUUACGGUGAACCGAUGGGAUUGGUCAGACUCAAUCAAUCCCAUUGUUCUAAUCGAUAUUUGAAACUUUUCCCUCUUUUACUUUUGUAUAUAUGAUUGAGCUUAUGUUUCCUCUGUAUUUUAUGACGAAACUAAUUUCAUAUAGUAUAUUGCAAUCAUGUUAGUAUUAUAUUGAUUUUGAGGAAACAUUAUGCUAUGGAUUUGGCUGUUUGGUGAUUGGGAUAAUGAAGUGCAUGUGAGCUUGAUUUUGGUAGCACAUGUCCUACUUUUUCAUCCAAUAGUCUUAAUGUCUCAUGUUAUAGAUGCAUUAUUUUGUUAUCAACGACAUUAUGAUAUGGGAAAAAUGUGAAAUUUAUUAAGAGAACUUUUUUUACAUCAUGGUGCGUUGUACUGCUGUUGUGUCAUGUGUGCACAAAA